AUGGCUGAUGAUAGCUUUUCCACUCUGUACAAUCAGCCCGUGGUAUUAGAUAAUGGUUCUGCAAUUCUGAAAGCUGGUUUUAGCGGUGAUGAAACCCCUGCUAUUUUGGAGUAUACAAUGGCCGGCAAGCCGCGCUACAAGAAAGUGAUGACAACGGGGCUCGAGGAUAGAACCUUUGUAGGGAACGAGGCACAGCGAUUAAGAGGUCUUUUAGCUUUGAGAAGGCCCAUUUCUCGAGGCGAAGUUACCAACUGGGACGAUAUGGAACUGCUUUGGUCUCAUAUCUUUUACAGCAAAUUGCAAUUGGGUCAAGGAAAUUCGCAAAUCGGGGAUCAUCCUUUACUGAUUACGGAGGCGCCACUAAACUCUACCAAAAACCGGGAAACUAUGUGCGAGAUACUUUAUGAAACCUUCAACUUUGAUGCGUUGUACGUUGCUCAUCCUGCAGUUUUAUCCUUAUAUGCUACUGGACAAACCACUGGCUGUGUAUUAGAGUGUGGUGAGGGGUACAGUGCAUCGACUCCUGUAUACCAAGGAUUUGCUCUGCCCUCUUCAAUACGACGGAUAGACAUUGGUGGUAGGGAUAUAACACAAGAGUUGCAAUUUUAUAUAAGGAAGAGCACAGGGCUCUCGUUGUUCUCAAAUAGUGAACAAGAGAUUGUAAGAACAAUCAAGGAGAAGGCCAACUACGUGGCCCUGGACUAUAAGUUUGAGGAGGAGAAGUUCUUCAUCCAUGAAAGAGAGAACACGUCAACGGUUAAGUUGCCCGAUGGUCAGGAGUUGACGUUCGGGAAGGGCAAGUACAGAACCUCUGAGAUUUUAUUCCAACCUCAGCUCAUAGGAUCAGAAUGUGUCAGUGUCCCCGAAAUGCUGCUCGAAUCGAUAAACAAGGUUGAUAUGGAUCUUCGGACCCAGCUCCUCGAGAACAUAGUUUUGAGUGGUGGUACAACAAUGUUAAAAGGGUUUGACCAAAGAACAAUGAGCGAGACGAAAAAAAUGCUACCGAAACAUACAAAGGUCAAGAUAAGGUCGCUUGCUGAAAGGUCGUACAUAGCGUGGAUUGGCGGAUCGAUACUGUCUGGGCUUUACGGAUUCAGAAACCUGUGGCUCACCAGAGAAAUGUACGAGGAGGACCCCAGUAUGGUACAUAGGAAGUUUCUGUGA